UCACAUGCGCAAUGCCCGUGCCCCUCUGUUCUCACAUUCUCCUUUCUGCUGCGCUUGAUUCUUCACGUUUCCGUCGGAGAUCUAUUCUGUCCUGUGUUGCAAGGCUACGGUUCUCCGCGCUCUCUCCCUUCUCCUGCCUAUGAUCGAGACACAAUUCACGUGAAAACUGUAGCCAACGGGGGUUCUGUUUCCAGUUGGUGGGUCUGCACGCUCUUGUGCGGGGGGACUGGCUUGGUCAUAUCUAGUCUCGCCGGGUUUUAGUGUUAUCGAAUUCCUGGCUGGGAUAUCGUGGAGACGGGGCGUCGAGGGUUCGAGGGUUGUGUGUUUGUGAUUCUUGCUCCCUUUGGGCGGCCGUGGCGCGUUCGAGGAUUCGUCUUUUGUUCUGUUCUUGUGAAGAUUAGCUUGCCUCUAUGAGUGUGAGAGUUUCAAGGAUACUAGCGUCCGCGGAGGUAUUUGGGAUUGGGUGGCGGGUUUUGAAGAUAGAGAUGUGAGAUAGGAGCUACAAAGAAGCUGUGAAAAGCAACAAUGCCAAUGAAUGGAGAUACCAAGGAUGGCGAGUUCAACCUCAAGUGUGGUCGGACCAGUCUAUCCACAAGAGGCCGAAGAGCUCUUGCACCUUUCUCUCCUUACAUCAAAGCCGUCAACGAGGCGAAAAAGAAUCCGUGGAGCCUCAGUAACCCCGAAGGCUAUUUUGUGAUGGCCACCGCCGAAAGUAUCUUAUCUUUUGAUCUUGUCCACGAUAAGAUACGGAGCUGUAGGGAAGUUCCAGCCACUGUUGGAUUAUAUGGAAAUUUCCGAGGAGGCGAGAGGCUUCGGAAUGCUAUUUCUCGAAUGAUGGAGAGGACAUUCAUGGGGGUUGAGGUUGAUCCGAGCCAUAUAUGCAUAUCUAGUGGUGUCACAGCCGUGCUCGAUCUAUUCUUCUUCGCAACCUGUAAUCCUGGCGAUGGAUGCUUGAUACCAGCUCCAUACUUUCCUGCGUUUGAUAAUGACAUGUCCAUCCGUAAUGAGGUCAUUCCAAUCCCAGUUCAGCCGACUGAUACUCGCACAUACAUCCCAACAGUGCAUGAGAUGGAAGAGGCUGUACUGGCUGCGGAGUCGAAAGGCAUACGUGCUCGGAUGCUUCUAGUGACUAAUCCUGGGAACCCAUUGGGCACUCUUUAUCCAGAGGCAACUCUUAAGGAGCUUCUUCUUUGGGCUGUCAAACGAGGUCUACAUGUGCUCUCAGAUGAGAUUUACGCAAAUUCUAAAUUUGGGCCCUCGGUGGACGAGUUUGUGAGCAUGGAAAAGGUGACCAAGAAUGCUGUAAUGGAGGGUCUUCUGUCUGCGGAAACUGCGGCUGAGCUUGUCCAUACUGCCUACGGCAUGAGCAAAGACUUCGGAAUGAAUGGAUUUCGUGUGGGUUGUCUUCAUACAAAGAACAAGGAUCUGCUUGAGUUUUGGCAAAACAUGGGCAUGUUUGCAGCAGUUUCAAACGACACUCAGCAUGCGCUAGCCAUCAUGCUGGAAGAUGAAAAUUUUGUAGAUAAAUACGUCAAGGAGAACAACAGGCGGUUGAAGAAGUCGUAUGAGCUCUUAACUAAGUCUUUCGAGGCAGCAAAUCUUCGAUACAUGCCUGCAUGUGCAGCGAUGUUUUGCUGGCUUGAUUUAAAAAGCCUUUUGACUGAGCCCACAUUUACAGCAGAAGAUAAUCUCUGGAAGGAGAUUCUUGAUGAAUGUCGGAUAGUUCUCACACCAGGUCAAGCAUGCCAUUACGCAGAACCAGGAUUCUUUCGAGUUUGCUACGCGUCCAUGGCACCUGCUAGUCUUGAAAUUGCAUGUGCGCGACUGACCGGAUUUGCAGAGAAGAAGCGACGAAAAAGGAAAUCUCGAGAUGGUCAACUUGAUAUCGACACCCUGCGCACUAACCAUUGACUCAAAAAGCAAGAGAAUCGGUAAAUAACCUAUGGGAAUAGUGAUAGAACCUGAUUGAAAACAGUAAUGUCACAUUACACAAGUGUGCUAUUGCUACAUGAUUUGCUAAUGUACAUUUUAGCAACGCAAGAAAUGUUAUAGAGAACUGCUCUCAAAUUACUGAUGAGCGUUUUCAACA